AUGGCUGCUACAAAAGUUGCUCUCAUCACAGCGAGCUCAGCGGGCCUGGGGGCCCAAAUAGCCCGCGCACUGGCGCCAGACUUCCGCGUCGUGAUAAACUACUCUUCCAAUUCAGACCGCGCGCAGUCCCUCAUCAAGGAACUCUCAUCCAUACCUGGCGCUUCCUCGGAAGCAAACCCACGCUUCCACCUCGUCCAAGCGGACAUGUCGUCCAAGCCGUCCGUCCAGAGCCUCGUCAAGGAAACAAUCGAAAAAAUGGGCAGACUAGACGUCGUAGUCUCCAACGCCGGCUGGACUCGCAUGACGACCUUCACAGACAUCGAGCAACAAGUCAACGACGAAGACUGGGACAAGUGCUUCACUAUGAACGUCAAGACGCAUCUGUGGCUCGCAUAUGCCGCCAAAGACGCCCUGGCCGAGACAGAUGGCACAUUCAUCUCGACAGCUAGUGUCGCCGGUGUCAAGCCCAGCGGAAGCAGCGUUCCCUACGCCGUCACCAAAGCCGCACAGAUCCACCUCAUGAAGAGUCUGGCUGUUGUUCUAGCGCCCAAGAUCCGAGUCAACAGUAUUAGUCCUGGUAUGCUGUUGACAGAGUGGGGCCUCAAGUUCCCGGAGUCGAAGCGCAAUGCUGCUAUUAAUAAUACGAAGUUGAAGAGGUUGGCGACGGUGGAGGAUUGUGCGGAUCAGGUGAGGGUGUUGGCGCUGAGUCGGAGUAUUACGGGGCAGAAUAUUUGUAUUGAUGGUGGGUCGUCGGUGUAG